AUGUCUGCAGAAGCCUCUCUUUACUUCGAACUCCACGCUCUGGAAAUCCGCCUUCUCAAGAUUGCACCAGGAGGAUGGCACGACGAAAUCGAGUGCGAACUCAUCCACACAUCUCUGCCCAACAAGCCUGUUUUCGACGCGCUUUCCUACGCUUGGGGAUCUCCGAAGCUUGUGCGAUCGAUUUCUCUGAAUCGGGAGCGCCGCGAGGUAACUGCAAGUGCCCAUCAGGCCCUUCGACGACUCCGCCAGACCUACGGGACUGCCACCGUGUGGAUAGACGCGCUGUGCAUCAAUCAAUCAGACGACAAAGAACGCACACACCAAGUCGGACUCAUGCGCGACAUCUUCACCAGUGCUCGCCAAGUCGUAGUUUACCUCGGCGAGGCCCAAAACUCGAAAUCGAAUGUGUCAUCGAAGCCCACGUUCUUUCAGCCCAAAGCGGAUCACAAUAUCCUGAGCUCUUUUGCAGCUCGCUAUUCUCGACAAGAUGUUCCCAAGAUUCCUAAAAUGGACGAAGCUCUCGAGGUCUUCUGUCUAAUUCACAGUAUCGCCCGGUUUGAUACCACUUCGAGAUGCGCGGCUGACUCCGAGUACCACCGUCGCCUAUUUGAGGCAUUACGGCAAUUGAUGCGCUGUCGGUGA